CCAUAUCAACGAUGGGACCACCAAAUCGAGUUGGAACCAGGCGCCCAACCGACGGUACAGCACCUAUUUCGGCUCAGUCAUCCAGAAUAGGAAGAAUUACAGCAGCAGCUGGAUUACCUUUUGACAAAAGGAUUUAUCCGGCCCAGCAUGUCACCACACGCCGCCCCGAUACUGUUCACGCUGAAGAAGGAUCGAGGAUUCAUAAUGUGUAUCAACUACCGAGCACUCAACCGGAUCACCAUCAAGUCGCGUUACCCGAUCCUGCAAGCCGACGAACUUCUCGACCAACUUCGUGGCACCAAGUUUUUUCUCGAAAAUCGACUUGCGAUGAGGUUACCAUCAGAUUGGCGUCGCUAUUGAAGAUUGUCACAAGACGGCAUUCUGAACCCGCUACGGCAGCUAUGAAUACCUGUGCGAAGUUCUUAAACAGGAAAAAUCAAGACCAUACAGGAAUGGAAGCCGCCCAGCAACAUCAAGGAACUGCUAAGUUUUUUUGGAUUCGUCAAUUACGUCCGCCGGUUUAUCCCCAAUAUGGCGGGUUAUUCGCCCCGCUAACUGACCGACUCAAGGAUUACGAUUGUUUUUGGCGGGGAGAGACGCAGGAAGCUGCAUUUGACCAACUGAAGAUCGCCCUCACGUCGCUGCCCGUCCUUCGCAUCUCCGAUCCUGACCGUCCAUACAAAGUCAUCACCGACGCCAGCAACAUCACCAUCGGUGCAGUUCUUCUACAAGAUUUCGGCGACGGAUUACAGCCGGUCGCCUACGAAUCACGGAAGCUGCAGGGCGCAGGGAAAAAUUAUACAGUACACGACAAGGAAAUGUUGGCGAUCGUCCACGCGUUCAAGACCUGGCGGUGCUACCUGACAGGCGCUGACGUCACUGUGCGGACCCACCAUAAAUCCCUCAAGUACCUCAGAGCCAACCAAACCUCAACGCGCGACAGAUCCGAUGGCUCGAUUUCCUCGAGAAUCACACACAAUCCUACCUCCGGGCAUUUCGGAGUUGACAAAACCACGAAGACGUUGCAGCGCAAUUAUUACUGGCCCAACAUGGCCGACGACGUGCGCAAGUACGUGUCCUCCUGCACCGCCUGCCAGAUCAUGAAAUCAUCCCAUCAGCGAGCAGUCAGACUCCUACAGCCGUUGGAUCCGCCCGAGCGACCCUGGCAACACGUCACAAUGGACUACAUGACAGGACUGCCAGCCGGUCCUUACGGAAACGACGCCAUCCUCGUGGUCGUUGACUGACUCAAAAAAAUGGCGCACUUAUCA